AUGUCGCCAGUCCCCCAUCCCCCUCAACCCUCCUCCUUACCACCAUCCUCCGCCCCCACCGAACCCGAACCCCAACCCCAACAAAUCCCCCAACACUACAAUCGCCCUCACGCAAAACCCGCCCGCAAGCCCAUCCUCCGCCUCGAACUCCGCGACCUCUCCUCCCCAGGCACGCAAUCCUUCCUCCGCCUCCUCCACGCCUCGACCGCCCUCCAAGAAGCCGUCAACACCGUCCUACACUGUCUCUACGCCCACCGCCCAGCCCACUGCAUCCCGCCCACCCGCUCCGUGACGCUCAUCCUCCGCAGCAUGGGCGGCGUGGCCUACACGACGGGCCUCGACAUCGACGACGACCACAAGGAAAUCCACUUCUCGACCGACUACAUCGAGAGCAUCCCCGAGGGGAAGCUGAAAGAGGAGAUGCGCGGCGUCAUCGUGCACGAGAUGGUGCAUUGCUGGCAGUGGAACGCGCUUGGUACGGCGCCGGGGGGACUCAUCGAGGGGAUUGCGGAUUGGGUUCGUUUGAAGGCUGGGUUGGGGCCUCCGCACUGGAGGAGACACGCGGAUGGGAAUUGGGAUUCGGGAUACGAGCGCACGGGUUACUUUCUGGAGUGGUUAGAGGGGAAGUAUGGGGAGGAUGUCGUGAGGAGGAUCAAUGAGGAGUUGCAGCAUUGUAGGUAUGAGGAGGAGGAUUUCUGGUCGAAGUGUUGUGGCAAGCAUGUCAAGUCGCUCUGGGAAGAGUACAGAGAAUCGCUCGGUGGUGGGAAGGAUGGAAAUGACACAGACGGUCCCGCGGAGUAG